AUGACCACCCGUCGACGAGGCUCAAGCUUUGGCCAUAUUGACGUUGGAGACACCCAAGGAUCCUCUUUCAGCACUAGCGCCGGGGUCGAUGACUAUCUGCGCAAGCGUUUCGAAGCCGUGGAUAAACCGGAAGGCGCAGUGACCCGAAAAGCCGCGGUCAAGGCGCAGGCCAAGAAGGAGCGCUACGUCAAAAAGGCCAACAACAUCUCGUGGGAGAUCCCGUUGGCUGUUCUAGUCGCUAUAUACGCGUACUACUUUAUGUUUGCUGCCAAUGAUCCCACGCACUGGCUCCAAGGAUGCGUUCGUUUGUCGUACCGUGUCCUGGGCACGUCAGAUCCUGUCAUCUACGGUAAAGGCAAACGUGAUUUACUGUUUGUGGCUUUUCAUGUGCUUUGGUUCACAUUCGCCAGGGAGUUCAUCAUGCAAGUGAUUCUCAAACCAAUUGCCCGGUCGUGUGGUUUCACCACUCGCCAUAAGAUCAACCGCUUUGUUGAACAGUCGUAUUCCAUCCUCUACUAUGGUAUUUCCGGGCCGGUUGGUAUCUACAUCAUGUACAAGGCUGAUUACGCGAAUCUGUGGUUCUUCCGCACCACUGGCUUUUACGAAAGUUUCCCCCACCGUGAGCUGGACGCCUGGUUCAAGGCCUUCUACCUGUUGCAAGGCGCGUUUUGGGCUCAGCAGGCUCUGGUACUUGUUCUGGCGCUCGAAGCCCGUCGUAAGGAUUUCAAAGAGCUAGUUUUCCACCAUGUUGUCACCGUGGCUCUUAUUAUUUUGUCAUAUCGCUUCCACUUCACCUACAUGGGCCUGGUCAUUUACAUCACCAUGGACGUGUCUGACUUCUUCCUAGCCACUUCCAAGGUGAUGAACUAUCUGGACUCCCCGCUGACUCCACCUUUCUUCUUCUUAUUCGUGGUGGUUUGGGCGUACCUCCGUCACUACGUCAAUUUGGUCGUGCUGUGGUCGAUUCUCACCGAGUUCCGCACGGUCGGGCCCUUUGAGCUUAACUGGGUCACUCAGCAGUACAAAUGCUGGAUCUCUCAGUACAUUACUUUCGCUCUUCUCACGGCCCUACAGCUGGUGAAUCUGUACUGGUUCGUACUCAUCAUUCGCAUUGCCUAUCGCUACGUCGUCCACAAUGAACAGGAGGAUGUACGAAGUGAAGGAGAAGACGACGAAGAAGAGGAAGAGGAGGAGAAGGAGUAG